AUGGCCCUGCAUGCAAGAGUCGAUUCGAGAAGCUCAUCAAGGCCCAUCCAUAGUGGCGACUCCUUGGCUGCGAUGCGGCGCAGCGGCACUGACGAGGAAUUUGGUGAACGUGACCAAUUACUCGAAGACAUCUCGUCGCAAAUGGAAGACCACAGAGUCUUGAAAGAUGCAGGCUGUGCGGUAGAAGCGAAAAAGAAAAAUGGAAUCGAGAAGUCGGGGGUGGUUAUGCGGCAGCUCGCGAUGGAGGCCCUUGACGAUGACGAU